CAAGGACAAGGAGACCCAUAAAGCCAGGCCCAGUACUCACCCUCAUACCUGCCACAAUGCUGCUGCUUAGCCUGACUCUCAGUCUGGUCCUCCUUGGGUCUUCCUGGGGCUGCGGUGUCCCUGCCAUCAAACCGGCACUGAGCUUCAGCCAGAGGAUUGUCAACGGGGAGAAUGCAGUGUCGGGCUCCUGGCCCUGGCAGGUGUCCCUGCAGGACAGCACUGGCUUCCACUUUUGUGGCGGUUCUCUCAUCAGCCCGUACUGGGUAGUCACUGCUGCCCACUGCAAUGUCAGCCCUGGUCGCCACUUUGUUGUCCUGGGUGAGUACGACCGAUCCUCCAAUGCUGAGCCUGUGCAGGUCCUGUCCAUCUCACGGGCCAUCACGCACCCUAACUGGAAUGCUGCCACCAUGAACAACGACCUGACUCUACUGAAGCUUGCCUCGCCAGCCCAGUACACAGCACGUGUCUCUCCAGUUUGCCUGGCUUCCUCAAACGAAGUGCUGCCCACAGGCCUCACCUGUGUCACCACCGGCUGGGGCCGCCUCAGUGGCGUGGGCAACGUGACACCAGCGCGUCUGCAGCAAGUAGUUCUGCCGCUGGUCACUGUGAAUCAGUGCCAGCAGUAUUGGGGCUCACGUAUCACUGACUCCAUGAUCUGCGCAGGUGGCUCAGGUGCCUCCUCAUGCCAGGGUGACUCUGGAGGCCCUCUUGUCUGCCAGAAGGGAAACACAUGGGUGCUCAUUGGUGUUGUCUCCUGGGGCACUAGUGACUGCAAUGUGCGUGCACCUGCCAUGUACACACGGGUUAGCAAAUUCAAUGCCUGGAUCAACCAGGUCAUAGCCUAUAACUGAGCCCACUACAGCACCUCGCCCCGCCCAGCUCCAUCGAAUAAAGAGCCCAGGUUCUAUCCUCUCA